GUGGAGCCCACGUGGUGGAUCUGCGAAAUCGCACCACGGCGGCGACCUCAGUCUCCGUCCGCUGUCUUCACCUGGAGGUGGGUCGCGAGGUUAGCUCCCUACCUGCGGUGUGCCUCGAGUUGAGUCCUGCCUCCACCGGCAGUAGGUCUCCAGGUAAAGUGUAGCAAUGGCUGCGGUUUAUUCUGGCGUUUCCUUUAAGCUUAAGAGCAAGACAACGUCCUGGGAAGACAAACUAAAACUAGCUCACUUUGCAUGGAUUUCCCACCAGUGCUUUCUUCCAAAUAAAGAACAAGUAUUGCUUGAUUGGGCAAGACAGUCAUUGGUUGCAUUUUAUAAGAAAAAACUUGAACUGACGGAAGAUAUUGUUGAAAGGCUUUGGAUCUAUAUAGACAGCAUUUUACAUAGCAAGAAAUUGCAGAAUCUCCUCAAGAAUGGAAAGACAGUUAACCUUCAGAUUUCCCUCGUCAAGAUCAUAAAUGAGAGAAUAACUGAGUUCUCUCAUUUGGGAUCCCAGAGGAACAUCUGUGCUAUCCUGAGCUGCUGCCAGGGCAUCCUCUCAGUGCCUGCCCUCGCUGUCAUCUACACAGCCAAACAGGAGCUGCUGGUGGCCUUGCUGAGCCAGCUUUGCUGGUCAGCCUGUCGGCAGCUGGAAAGAGCCAUAGCAGCCCAGCUGUUAGAGGUCAUUCACCUGGCUCUUGGUCAUUACCUCUUGAUCCAGCAGCAGCAGGUCAACCCAAGACGUGCUUUUGGAGAUGUGAGUGGGCAUCUUUUUCAGCCCUGCUUGGUCUUGAGGAAUUUACUCUCUGGGGGUACGUGGAUGCAGGCUGGUCAGGCCCAGCUGCGGCAGGUGCUGAACCGGGACAUUAGGAAUCAGCUGGAGACCAUGCUCCGGGGUGGAAUUUUUCGGCCCGAGCUGCUGUCAUCUUACAAAGAGGAGCUCUUGGACCAGCAACAAGAGGACACGAGGAUGGGAGCCAUGAAGAAUCUUCUAGCCCCCAUGGACACCAUGAUCAGCAAGCUGGUCAGUGCUGGCUAUUGUGCACCAUCCAUUCAUGCAACUGUUGUGGCGAACUCAGUGGCCUUGCUGUAUAAGCUCUUUAUAGAUUCUUACUCCAAGGAAGGAAACCAGCUUCUCUGCUUCCAGGUUCUGCCCAGGCUGUUUGGAUGCUUGAGGAUUUCACGGCUGCAGGAGGAGCAGGUAAAAGCCCUGUCUACUUCAGAUUGGACCACAGAACUUUUGGUUGUGGAACAGCUGCUCAGCACAGUGGUCAGCAACAAUAUCUAUAACAUUGCUGCUGACAGGAUCCGUCAUGGAGAGGCGCAGUUCCACUUUUACCGCCGUUUGGCUGAGCUGCUGAUAAACCAUUCACAAGCAUCCAUUCCAGCCUGGUUCCGCUGCCUCAAAAUUUUGAUAUCUCUGAAUCAUUUGAUUUUGGAGCCAGACCUGGAUGACCUGCUGGCUUCAGCUUGGAUUGAUGCAGAAGUAACAGAUUUUCGGACCAGAAAAGCCCAGGAGGCACUUAUUCACACUCUCUUCCAGACGUAUGCCAAACUCCGGCAAGUGCCACGGUUAUUUGAGGAGGUUCUAGGGGUGAUCUGCCGUCCAGCUGCAGAGGUGCUGAGGCAGCCUGUGCUGGCCUUAGGCCCCUCCACAGUGCUCUGUGCGUGCCUCCUGGAGCUGCCUCUGAGCCAGAUCCUGGAUACGUGGUCCUUUGUGUUGGAGAAGAUCCAGUCUUUAGUCUUGCCCUGUUUGUGGAGUGAUGCUGACAUGGCCCUGAAGUUGGUGUCCCUUAGCUCACUGCUGCACUGCAUCAUGUUCAACAUGAUGAGCCUGGACAGCAGCACACCCCUGCCUUUCAUCAGACGGACACAGUGUACAAUGGAGAGGAUGCUGAGAGAGAUAGUGCAGCCCCUGCUGGUUCUUCUCCUGGACCCCGUUGGCCCAGAGGCUGAGCUAUGGCUACAGAAGGUCAGUGACUCUGCACUCCUGCUGUCUCACACCUGGGCCCAAGUGGACACCAUGUUCAGUCUGAAUUGUAGCCAGUACCACUCUGUGUGUGGGUCCCGGGCUGGUGUUGCUCUGGAGGACUCCAGCUUCCCUUCGUUGCUCCCAGGUGUAGAAGCACGGCAUUGGAAGAAGAUAGAGAUGUGUGUAGCUCAGUUCAACUCUCUUGGCAGGUAUUGCUUAGAACAGCUCUAUGUUCAAAAAAUUAAAAAGACUUUAAUGCAAACCAGUUUCCUGUCUGAAGAAGCCCUUCAAAUUGUGAGGUGUGACGCUGCCUGUGUUAUUGCUUCUGGCAGAGAAAGCUUGAAUCUCUUGAAUCUUGAAAUGAUGGCUUCCUGGGAUGGCCAUGUAGGGACAGUGAAUGCAUCCACCUACCCUUCAGCACACUGGCACUUAAUUGCAUCGAAUCUCACAAUUUUGGUAUCCUAUCUUUGUCUGGAUGAUGUGAGAUACCUGGCAGGUGUCCUGCUGAGAACUUUACCAAUGAGCAAAGCCCAGGAAGGCUCAGUAGGUGAAGAGCUGGGUGUCACGCUGGGAAAUGUAUCCAAGGCUGUUCUGCACAGCCCCCUGUUUGUGGAGAUGCAGCCCCUUCACUCUGCUUUCUUAAUGUGCAUAACUGGCAGAUGUUCCAGUGUUCUGUGUUCUGGGGCCCCAAAUGACCAGAGUCGUCUUAGUCAGCAGCUUCCUUGGCUUUUUGAAAAGGGCCACACAGCUGUGGCUCGUUGGGAAAACAGAUUUGUGAAAGUUGGACCCGAAGGUAUAGAACCCAGUAAAGAAAUUGCACAGAAUUUACUGUCCCUGGUCAAAAGUGACUUCCCCAUACAGCUGGAGGAGGAACAAGUAGAAAGCAUCUUGGGGCUUUUAGAAGUUAUUUCCGCUCUGCAAGAGGCUCUGGACAGCCUCUUGCCACCCCAUCAUGUGCAUUGUUUUCUCCUGUUUCUGUCCAUGGCUGUUAGCAAACUGGGGCACUCCUGCCCCUCCUCACUGGCCCUCAAGUUCUUGGUGACUUGCUACAGGCUUCUUGGUCACCUGCAAAGGGGAAGAAGUGCCCGCCUGGUGUUCAAGAUCAUGUAUGCUAGUGAUAUUUUUGAGAUCAUACUAACCUCAUUGUUCAAAGCCAGUGGUAGAUUGCUUACUGAGACUGAUGACCCCUCUUGGCUGGAAUUUCUCCAAGUGAUAGGGACAUUCCUAGAGGAACUAAUGCAGAUGCUUAUCCAAAUGAAGCUGAGUGUGGUGCUCAAUUUUAGAAAAAUCACCACAUGCCUCUCUAGUUAUAAACUCUACACUGAGGUAGCUUCUGGCAAACAAUUGGAAAAUCAAAAAGCUCUGAGCAGGCAGCUCCUUCUGGUGCUGUUAACCAAGUUGUGCCAAGUGCUAAGACCUUGUGUCAAAGAAGCAAGGCUGGGCCAGGAGGCCCUCACAGUGCUCCGUAAGCUGCUGCAGCAGGCCGUGCAGCACACAGGGGCUGUGGUGCAGCUCUGCUUCCCACCAGGGACCCAGGCCCAGCGCUUUCCCACGCAUCUUGUCAUGGCUGUCAGCGUGCUCUUGGAAGCAGACCUGAGCCAGCAGCACUACCGGGAUGGAGAGACCGAGAUUUCCCAGGAGGCAGACAACACACUUCCCUCCCGUGCUGCUCUCUACCAGGGGGUGUACGUGCAGGUGCUGUCACAGUUGCCGGCUCUGGCAGGGCAUGGUCAGUCUUUUCAGGCAGUGUUGCAGUUCUUAACCCUGUUCUUUUUGGCCCCAGAACUCCAUCCCAAGAAGAACUCUGUGUUUAUCUCCAUGUUUCAGUCUGUGGGAAAAGUUCUUGCAGAUCCUGCAAUUCCUGCUCAGGUAAUGCAGGAUAUUGAGCCUCAUUUGAGAUCCUUGUUCACCCAAAUGUUAGAGGCAGCAACGACAGAGGACUUUAGGCUGGUGAUGUGGCAUAUUCUUCAAGGACUAGACAUCAGUAAUAUGUGGAAAGCAGAUCUGCAGGCCGUUUUGUCAGCUGUUACAUUGCUCAAGCUGCUACUGACCUGCCCACUCUGUGGAGAGAAAGCAAGUCUGUUGUGGCUUGCAUGUCCCCAAAUAGUCACGGCUCUAACGCUGCAAAACCGAGAGGCUUGUCAGAAGCAGCCUGUGCCCCUUACUGUGAUCGAGUCUAUCCUAGACGUCCUGGCUGCCCUGCUACGGCAGGGGGAGGAGGCCAUUGGCAACCCCCACCAUGUCAGCUUGGCCUUCAGCAUCCUGCUCACAGUUCCUUUGCAACACGUGAAGCCAGCAGAGUAUGGAAGCAUCUUCCUAAGGGUGCACAACGUGCUCUUCUCCAUCCUACAGUGCCACCCCAAGGUGAUGCUGAAAGCCAUCCCUUCUUUCUUGAACUCUUUUAAUAGAUUGGUGUUUUCAGUUAUGCAUGAAGGGCGACAGAAGGACAAAGGAAGCACAGAUGGCCUGCCUGUAGUCUUGGAGUGUGCACGCCUGGUGGAAAGGAUGUACAGUCACGUCGCUGCACGCGCUGAAGACUUCACUGUCUUCUCCCCAUUUAUGGUGGCCCAGUAUGUGUCGGAGGUGCAGAAGGUGACCUUGUAUCCAGCUGUGAAAAGCCUGCUGCAGGAGGGCAUCUACCUCAUCCUGGACCUCUGUAUUGAGCUGGAUGUCCAGUUCCUACGGGCCUCACUCCAGCCAGGAGCAAGAGAUGUAUUUAAGGAGCUGUACAAUGAUUAUCUCAAGUACCACAAGGCUAAACAUGAAGGAGAGAGAAGAUACACCGUCUAAGGCCAUCACUGACAUUUUACAGGGGCCUUGCCGAACAAGUUGGAGAAUGAGACUUCAGAUAAUGGGAUUUGCAGUGUGAUCCAUAUGCAAAUCCUUUGGGGCUUAUGUAUUAUAUUAUAUUUUGAUGCAAUUUACAUAAUGUUUUUCUUACUGAAUAGUUUUUACUCUAUAUUUUUAUGCAUUAAGUGUUGCAGUAGAAUCCUGAAAUUAGACCCUGGCAUAAUGAGAUGGAUCCAGUAGAAAAAUUGCUGACUGUAUUGUGACCUUUCUAUACGUGGUUCUUGUCUUGAUUCAAGACACUUGUUUGGUGUCCCCUCUCCCCGCUAGGAAUUUUGCAGAACUUAGUUUUUUACUUAAGGUACAUGAGUAUAUAAUUAAGCUCUAUUUAACAUUCUUGCCUUUUAAUUUUUUUAAGUAACAUGGGAAGCAUUCUCAAAAGUAUCACUUUUUCUGCCUGCCUUGUGAGUGUGCCCUCUGAUCAAGCUGAGGGAAGUCAGUGCCCAGUGCCUGAGGUGUCUGGGCAGGGCAGAGCACGGGCACCCGUCAGGUAGUGGAUGCUCUGUUAGCAAUGAUUCUGGCUCCUGCCUGGUCUCUGCUUCAGCUCUGUGACAUUUCUUCUGGAAUUUUUUUCUAUUCAAUUUAGGAAAUAAUUUUACUUGUUUUUUCCUACUACCUAAGCAAUAUAUUUUUAUUGUAGCAACUGCAGAAAUAAACAUAAAAAACUUUUAAAAAAUUCACUCUAAGUCUGAGCUACCCAAAUGAUCUCUGUUGUCACAUUGGAGCAUCUUAUCUCAUCCCCUGUACUGUGCAUAAUAUGUAUGUAGAUAUGUAUAUAAAUAUAUGGUGGCCACAAUGAAUCAAAUUUUUUUUUUAAAUUUAGGGUUGCCUAACCUUUUCCCUGUGUGGUAUUUCAGUAACACUAUUGGGUCAAUCAAUGAGACAUGGCCACUUUUAGAGGCUAUGUGGUAGUUCAUUGAGUAGACAGCUGUUUUAUUUAUUUUUAUUUGAGUCCUCCAUAAUCAGACACUAGGAUCUUUCCAAAUUUCCUUUGAUGGAUGGUGCCUGAAGUUGAAUUACUUCCAUAAGAAGAAGUCCCAUGAGUUGUACUGCUUAUGAGAAAACCAUGCCAAUUUUAAAGGAUUUACAUAAAUAUGACCAAAUUUCCUGCUAGAGAGUAUACUAAUUUAUUUUCCCACUAGUGAAUCAACUUUAGCAUUUAUUUUAAUAUUAUUUUUAUUUUUUAAUGCUUCCUCAAUAGGAGAAAGGUGGUAUGUUGUUUUGAAUUUCUUUUUUUAUUAUUAUUAAAUCAUAGCUGUGUAUAUUAAUGCAAUCAUGGGGUACCAUACACUGGUUUGACACAUUUUCAUCACACUGGUUAACAUAGCCUUCCUGGCAUUUUCUUAGUUAUUGUGUUAAGACAUUUAUAUUCUACAUUUACUGAGUUUCACAUAUACCCUUGUAAGAUGCACCGCAGGUGUAAUCCCACCAAUCACCUUCCCUCCGCCCAUCUUCCCCCCUCCCUCCCAUCCCUCCCCCCUUCCCCUUAUUCUUAGGUUAUAACUGGGUUAUAGCUUUCAUGUGAAAGCCAUAAAUUAGUUUCAUAGUAGGGCUGAGUACAUUGGAUACUUUUUCUUCCAUUCUUGAGAUACUUUACUAAGAAGAAUAUGUUCCAGCUCCAUCCAUGUAAACAUGAAAGAGGUAAAGUCUU